CCCUGGAACUGUUGUUGUCAUUUUGCUUAGUAAAAAAAGGUAUUAAUUUUUUUCGUUUUAAAUUAAAAAGCAUGCAAAUUGUUAUUGUAGCAAAGUUCGCACAAGCAGAGAACACACAUAACUAAACACACACACAGACAGGGAAGUGGCAUAAUUAGCGGCAGCAUAUAAAAAACAAGAGAACACCUUUGCCGCCCCCAAAACAACAGAAAAUACUUCGAAAAGAGGAAGGUCUAAUUGGAUUAUCAGCGAACAGCGACAAAGAGAGGAACACAACGACGUUUUUCCAAUUUACAUUAAGGUCUGGCCCAGCGACGUGAACAAACUGGCCACAGCCACAGUCUCAGGGGCAAGGACAGCAUUUUUACAAGGACAGCGGCGCAGCUCAAAGCCAGAGCCAACAUUUCUCUUGGCCCAUUCAGCUGGAGGCGGAACCUUGUGGAGCAGGAGAAGGAGCAGCAACCACAACGACGACUCUGGCUUUGUUAUGCCCAACGCCUGCCCUGGUACGUGGAAGGAGAAAGACGGCGAUACGCGGGGUCGCUACUGUUGUCGAACGAUACACUGAGGCUGACCUUCGGCCAACGGCUACUGGCCAGUGCUAUGUCCCUGCUGGCACUUGCCCAAGCCUCCACCUCAGCUUCCGCUUCCACCUCGAGCUCCAGCGACACGGAACUCGAUGCCCAGGUCGAUUUCUCGACCAUGCUAAUGCACCGCCAGCGCGAGUACAGUGGCUGGUUUGGUUGCGGCACAAAAAUGCAGCCAGAGCCAACGGAUCAGGGCUACUAUCUCGAGCAGUAUGUGCUCGGUGUGCUCGAUUUCAGCUCGCAAUAUGGCAUCGAGUACAGCAUCUCGUAUACGGCGGCCAAUGUCGUUGGCAGGCCAUCAAAAUUCCCCGCCUACGGCGACUACCCAGAGACCUUCACCAUGCGCACCUACGGCGAUUGGUGGCAACGUGCGCCAUCUGCCACACAGGAGAUUCAGCCACAAAAUCUACCCAAGCUGGCCACUCACGAUUAUAUUGUGGUGUACUUUGAGGAUUAUGUGGUGCCCACGGAGGUGGCCAUUUUUGAGACAUUUAAUCCUGGCGCUGUGAUACGCAUCUGGGCAUAUGGUUUGACCAAGCACUGGACAUGCCUCUGGGAGGCCUUGGACACGGACCUGGCCCCGACCUCACGUAACUCACGACGCUUCGCGCCGCCGCUGCUAAAGACCACCAUGAUAACAAAAACCCUGCGCAUUGAUUUCAACCACAGUCAACUCAAUUACUACACGGAAAUCGAUGCCAUCAUGCUGUGCGGACGCACCGUGUCGGGGCGCCUCAUUCAGAGCAUUCUGGAGGAGCAGGCGCGCGUCUACAAGUCCCACUCGCCACUCUCGAAGAUGGGCACUGGCGGACCCAUCAGCUGCAAGCUGCGCACGCUGAAAUUCAAGCCUAAUUGCAGGGAGAAAAAUGACACCAGCUUGCACGAAUUCAUUAGCAAUGAUCUGGGUAAAUUUCUUCUGGACAAUCGACAGGAAGAUCAACUAGCAGCAGCAGCAGCAGGCAGUGAGACGACGUCGCCGCCGCCAGCUGUGCAGCCAACGGCAGCAAUAACAACAAGAGAGCAAAGCAAAGUCAGAGAGAGGAGAGGAGUGUCCGCCAUGCGAUUUAACAAGUCCGAGCUGAACGCUUUGGCCUCCAGUCCGGCAACCAAGUUCGACAAGGAGGGGCUGCUCAUCGUUACAGAUCGCCAGGAAGGAUUCCUGUGGCGCAGCGAAGUCAGAGUCGAACGCUGGUGCAAGCUGCGAGGCAAUCUGUUGUUCUGCCUUAAAGACAAAGAUCCCAAAUCAUCGGUGUCUGCUGUCCUUGUACUGGAGAACUGUCGCACCCGCAUUCAGAAUGAAGACUGCGACCCCGACGGCUAUAUCUUCGAUCUAGACUUCAAAGACAGUCCCACGGAGCGUUUUGUUAGCUACUCGUCGGCCGAACGCCUGGCCUGGGUAUACAGCAUUGAGCAGGCGUCCAACGAGACGCUGAGUCUGCUUAUCAGCCAGCUGAAGGAGCAGAUUGUGGCAAAGAGCAGGCAACUGCCCCUGGCCAUGGGCAAUAAUAUUGAUUUGGGUGUGCCAGUGCCCCCUGCAAUGAUCCAGCAGCAGCAGGAAGAUAGGGAGGACUCUCCUCCCGUGGAGGUGGCACCGACCUUUGAAGAACUGGACCUCUCGGAGCUGCCCAUCUGCGAGACGGCCCUCUCCUGUGAUAGCCUGCCGGUAGACACCUUCGGUCGUGAUCCCAACCCACGUGUGGUCUGCUCAGUGCUGCAGCCCGGCGAGGAUUGCUUGUGGCGCGAGCAUGCUCGCACGGAGCUGCAGGAGGGCACACGCACGCCGCAGUUCCUAAGCACGAUGCGUUUUCAGCGCAGUGCCGGAUUUACGGCCUCCACGCUUCUGCGUUUCAGUGUGCACGAUGUGCGGGAGCGCAUGACCCUGACAUCGGUGCCCUUGGGCCAUGCUGAGGUGGCCCUCGGCGUCAUACAGGACACCACACGGCUGCGUCUGCCCGUCGGAUCGCCGCGUGGUGAAUGUGGCUUCAUUACCCUUGUCUCCUGGUCCCCAGAGGCGGCCGUGGAACCGGGCCAAUCGACAGGCAAUGGCUUACCGCCGCCGCCCCGUUCCAGCACACAACUUUUUGAAACGGCUGGAGCAGGAUCCACAUCAAUUGGCAGCGCCAGCGGCAGGCGAGCCCAUCGUCGCACUCAGUCGCUGCCCCCGAAGCUGGGCGUGCGCCUCUUUGUGCCGCAGCAGUGCGGCCUGCAGAGGGUCUGUGCCAAGCCCCGGCUGCACACAUAUCGACUGCAUUCCUCGCUGGGGGCGGACAUCAGUGUGCAGGAGACGCUGCUGGAGUCGCGUCUGUGCUGCGUGCUGCCCCAGCAGCUGCUCUCCAUCUGGAUACAGCGCGAGAAGGAGCUGCUGCAGGAGAUAUCGGGCAUGGGCGAGCUGAGCGGCGAGUGGCGCUGGCGCCAGAUGAAUCUGCUCGAGGAGCAUCUGCGCCUGCUCAAGGACUACUCGCAGGCCAAGCAGAACAUUCAGCAGCUGGCUCGCGAUGGCGUCUUUUUCAAGCGGUCGUCGGUGAAGACGGACGAAUCGCUGGAGUUUCUGCCCGUCAAUCUGCACGUUCAAAGGAUGUGGGCCCAGAACGACACAUUGCAGCGGCGCGGCUUCCUCGACAUUGUGACAGUGGGCGCCUUCACUCGACACGAUGCCAAGGGACGGCAGUGCGGGGGAUUGAUCAAACUUCUGCAGGAGAGCAAAUCGUGGAAACUGGAGCAGAGCAAUGCGUGCAAGGUGCAGGCAGCCAACGAUGCCGUCCAGGCCACCAAGCAGCUGCGCAAGGAGAUCGUCGAACUGAUGUCACAGCUCCUACAGCUGGCCAGCCGUCGCUGUGCCACCGACAUGAUGCCCCUGUGCGAUCAGAUGGUGUCCAAGACUCGCACAUUGCUGAACAUCUGGGAGCCGAGCAUUGUCAAGGAGGCGGUGGACUUUAUCGAACAGCAUCGCAUCAUCGAGGAGCCCGAGAAUGUGCUAAUGGAGCCCAUGUCACCAUUCCGAAAGAUUACCCAACAGCUUACGGCUUUGGAGUUGAAGUCGCCGGAGCUGGAGGACUUUGCCACGCCGGUGGUGGCUCCGCCCGAUCUGUGGCCCCGGGGUCAGCCACCGCUGAUGCGUUCGAAUAGCUGGCAUCCAAGCAACAGUUCGCCCUCCAGCUCCCUGGACAUUCGUGCCAUUGACUCACUGCAGCAUGUCGUCAAGUGCUACAACGAGCAUCUGCGCAGCCUCGAGCAGGGCGCGUCGGGUCAGCGUACGGAAAAGGAUGCUCUGUCCGAGGCAGAGGGUACAUAUCAGUCGCUGCCACUGGCUUGGCAUGCCCAGCCCCAGUCACAGUCGCAGCCCGAAGCUACGCCCAUUCCCGCUGCACUGCAGCUAAUCGAUCUGGAUGAGUUGAGGGGCGGUGGACAGCAGCAGCCGCCCGCAGGCUUUCUCGACACCAAGCUGAUGAGCUCCUCGCCGUCGGCCAACUAUUACCGGCCCACGGAGGAGCCGGAGCCGCUGGAUCUGACCCAGCUGAAUAUUGAGGCCAGCGUGAUGUGCCUGGAGUGCAAGCUGAAGUUCUUUUGCGGUCGCCGUGACAGCCCGGCCAUCCGACUGCGUCAUCCCAAGCCGCCAAUGAAGCGCGAGGGCUUCGCUGUGACCCCCCAGCAGCAGGUGCCCGCACCCGAUGUGAUCUCGGCACCCGAGAAGCCCGCUCAGCAGCUCGAGCUGGAUCUCAAGCCGCUGCCAACAGCUGCAGCCUCUGGCUCGGCUGCCGUCAAGAAGGGCAACAAAUUCACAGACGGUCUGGACCUGUCGCUGACCACAGACUGGGCUGCCGAACUGCGUCCCAGCAUGCGCAAGCUGCGCCAUGCCAUGGACAGGCUGCUGAAGACGGCACGCCUGAUGCAUUCGGUGCAGCGGCUGCAGCAGGAUGUGCGCUGCAAUCGCCUGCAGGCAAGCAUCAUGUAUCGGCGGGAUGUCUGCUUCUCUCAAGCGCUGACAGCUUUGGUUAGCUCAUUGAUGUUGCGCCUCUGGGGCAGCGAACUUGACAUGGCCUAUCUGGUGAUGCUCAGGGAUCUGGGUCCGCUGGCCUACUUCGAGGGCCUGCUGACGCUCUUCGGCAACGAGGCGGACAUGUGGAGCGACAUGUGCAUUGCCAUUGAGGACCUGUCCGCCGUCAGUUUUCAACUGGUGCGCGCACAGGGCGAGGCUGCACUGGCGCCGAUGCCCCGCAUUACGGGCUCCCGGCAGGCCUUGGAAGUGCAGCUGCCAGUGCCAGAGCAUUCGCUGCCCGGCAAUGGCACCUCCAUAUCGUUCAAGAUCACGCCCGUAUUCUUCAAUAUUGGCAUCAAUGGCAAGGCCACCUAUGCGGAGACGGUGGGCCAGACGCGGGAGCAGCAUCGCUCCAAUUGGGACAACUAUCUGAGACUCAGCCAGUACUAUGGUCGGUAUCGCAAGCUGGGCCUGGGCUCUGUGGAUGCUGGCGAGUCCCUGCAGUCGCUGCUCGUCUUCAUGGAGCAGCAGUUGCGGGCGAAUCUUUCCAAGAAUGUCAAGAUUCUGCAUUUGGCUGAGGAUGCCUGUCGACUGAUGGACGGCCUGCGGUUCACAUCCUGCAAGAGUGCCAAAGAUCGCACAGGCAUGGCCGUCACCCUGGAGCAGUGCCGCGUGCUGGUACGCGAAUUCCAGCUGCCAGCCAAGCACGUGCCCUAUGCGCUGAGCACCAUGAGAAGCGAGGGCACACGUAUGGACAAUGUUUUGAAGAAUAUUGGCACACGAAAGUAUGCCUUCCAUUGGACACAGGUGCCCUUUUUGCCGGCCAUGUAUCGGCCGCCAGUUGGCAGCUAUGGCAAAGCGCAAACCUAAGCAGGAUGACCUUAUAGACAAACAAAACUGUGCCAAAAAUCAGAGAAAAAAUUCACAGCAAAGCAGCAAUUAAAACUAAUUCAAUUAGCACACCAUUCGGACAGACAAUUGUUAAAUGUAUCACCAAAUGAUUCCCUAAACCACGUAUUUAU